AUGAAUAAUUUUGAAAAGGUUGAGGCUUUUGGACAAUUGCCCCAAGCCAGAUUUGGACACACGAUAACAUACAUAGCGAAGGGCAAGGCAAUAUUAUUCGGAGGUAAAUGAAAAUAUUUAAAUGACAGGGGCAACUGGAGACACAGGCAAAUAUAGCAUUACAGGAGAUACGUUCUCGUUCGACAUGUAAAGCAGAUAAUGGAAGAGAGUAGAAGGUAUACAUAAUAAAGAAAAGAGUAGUGUAGGGUACAGCCCCAUCUCCUCGAGCAGCACAUUCAGCAGUGUGCGUUGAUAUAAAUUAAAUCGUAAUUUAUGGAGGAGCCACAGGAGGUAAUGAAUGAAUUAAUGAUGCAAGGUGGCAGUUUAGCAUCAGAUGACCUCUAUUUAUUGGACUUGAGAUCGAGCGAUGACUUAGGUUAAUGGACUGUCGUACCAGUCGUAGGAACUACACCAGGCAGGAGGUAUGGACACACUCUAACCUUUACGAAACCAUUCCUAAUAGUCUUUGGAGGCAACACCGGACAGGAGCCAGUCAACGAUUGCUGUAUGAAUUCCACAUUUAAUUUAAAGGGUGUGUAAAUGUAGAGAAGAGUCCCAUCACUUGGGUAAGAUUGGAAUGCAAAUCAGAACAGCCAUUGGCAAGAGUGUAUCAUUCUGCUAGUAUUUGCACUAAUGGCAGUGCUAAUGGGAUGGUUGUGGCAUUUGGAGGACGUUCAAACGAUCAGUAAGCAUUGAAUGAUGCUUGGGGAUUGAGAAGACAUCGAGAUGGAAGGUGGGAUUGGGUCAAGGCUCCUUAUAAAAUUGAUAAGGAUUAGCCAGUGGGUAGAUAUCAACACACUACAUUGUUUGUUUACAGCAUGCUCGUUGUUAUUGGUGGUAGAACUGGAAACGUAGGAGAGACCUUAACAAUUGAUGUAUAUGAUACUGAAACAUCAGAAUGGUCUAAAUUUAAUAGCAUUUAGAGAUUCAGACAUUCAUCCUGGUUAGUAGACACAAGCAUCUUCGUCUACGGAGGAUUUGAAUUGGAUUCACCUAACAUCCCAACUGACAUCAUUUCUAAGAUCAAUUUAAAUAGAUUACUGUUGCCAAGUGAAACCCUAACCAAUAAACUAGCCUAAUAUCAACAUGCCUAAAGAAAGUACUAUUAUAUUGUUAUUAAGUGUAUCCCCUCAAUCAUUAUCACCCUAAAUGGCUCCAAUAUCACCAGACACUUAAGCAUCCCCUUUGAAUAGUUCCUUGAUUCAAAAGAAACCAGGUUAAACCACUUAGAAUACUCAAAAGUAAUAGAAACCAUUUGCUUAAAACUAAACUGAUAAAUCACAAUUCAAAUUUAUCAAUUAAGCUGUAGUUGCUGAAGAAAGCAGAGAUUCUAAAGCACCUAAUAGAAAACCAAGAGUGCCCUAAACUGCACAAGAAAAUAAUAUUGCUCAUUUAUUUAUAAGCACCUUAUUAUAGCCUAAGACUUUCAUCAAUAUCUCUGAAAAUGCCAAGUUUUUAUUCCAGGCUUAACAUAUACUUAUGUUAUGUGACUAAGCAGAAGCCAUUCUAAAGGAACAGCCUAUGGUUUUAAGAUGCAAAGCUCCAAUAAAGAUUUUUGGAGAUAUUCAUGGACAGUAUUCAGAUCUAAUGAGAUUCUUUGAUUUGUGGGGGUCUCCAUUUGUAGAUGGCAAAGAUAGCGAUAUAGAAGCAUUUGAUUAUUUGUUUCUGGGAGAUUUUGUGGAUAGAGGGAAUCAUUCUUUGGAAACUAUUUGUUUAUUGCUGGCUCUAAAAGUAAGAUUUCCAGAAUCAAUUCAUUUGAUUAGAGGAAAUCAUGAAGACAAGUGGAUUAAUAAUGGAUUUGGAUUUUCAGAGGAAUGUGCUUAAAGAUUAGGCGAGGAUCCUAAUGAUGAAGAUUCAGUAUUUGCAAGAGUGAAUCGACUAUUUGAAUGGUUGCCGUUGGCUGCUAUAGUUGAGGACAAGAUCAUUUGUCUUCAUGGAGGAAUAGGCAGUCAAUUAAAUUAUGUAGCAGAAAUAGAGAAUCUGCAAAGACCUUUGGAAGUGAUUCAUGAAGUCACUACACCAGAACAACAAUUGGUGGUUGAUAUUUUAUGGUCAGAUCCAACCGAUACAGAUUAAGACUUUGGAAUAUAACCAAAUAUUAUUAGAGAUCCUGCAGGUACUGGAAAUAUCGUCAAAUUUGGACCAGAUAGAGUUAUAAAUUUCCUUAUCAAAAAUAAUCUUUCUCUUAUUAUUCGUGCUCAUGAAUGUGUUAUGGAUGGCUUUGAGAGAUUCGCUGGUAAUAUUUCAUUUAGAUUUUUAUUAGGAGGUCAAUUACUAACUGUUUUUAGUGCAACAGAUUACUGUGGUAGACACAAGAAUGCAGGUGCCGUGCUUAUUCUUAAAAGGAACUUAGAGAUUGUACCAAAAUUAAUCUAUCCUUAAAAUCUGAAUGCUCACAAUUGGAUUGAGGAUGAGGAAGCAUUAAAGAAGAGACCACCUACACCACCUCGUUGGAAAAAUUAAGGUCAACGUAGAAGUUAUGAUUGA